UUGGAAUGCCCAAGGCUGGUUGCAGUCAAUGUCCAUGCUUUCUUCUCUUCAAUUCUUGGGAUUAGCUAACUGUGGCCUUCCAAAUGUUGACCCAGCAGCCUUGCAAGUGAAUUUCAGUACUUCGCUGGAGUUUCUUGAUCUGAGUGGAAAUAAUUUAGGCUCCGUCAUUCCUAAUUGGUUGCUUAAUUUAAGCUCCAUCAGACACCUCGAUCUCUACCUCGGUUUUGCUGGAGAAGCCGUCUCCUUUCCCACUGAGAUCAUCAAUAAUCUCCAUCAGUUCGCCUUCCUUGAUCUCAGAGAUAAUUCCAUGAGAGGUGAGCUGCCGAAGAAUCUCAGCAAUCUCUGCCACUUGGUUGAGUUACGAUUGGGAGAUAACCACUUGACUGGAGAUAUUUCUGUUGCAUUAGGCAAUCCUUUCAGCUGCCUCCAGAAUACGUUGAGAUAUUUAGAUCUCAAGGGGAAUAAAAUCAGUCGUUUGGGGGAUGAAAUCGGGUACUUCAAGAAUUUAGAGUAUAUUGACCUUUCGUAUAACUCAAUCGAGAGUCCAAUUCCAGAGUCUCUGCCUCAGCUAUCCUCUCUGAAGUACUUGUCUCUCAGUAACAACAAAUUGACGGGUAGAAUCCCAGAAAGCAUCGGGCAGCUGUCGAAUCUAGAGUCUAUUGACCUUUCGAAAAACUCAAUUGAGGGUCCAAUUCCAGAGUCUCUGCCUCAGCUAUCCUCUUUGAAGCACUUGCAGCUCCAGAAAAACAAAUUGACGAGUGGCAUCCCAGAAAGCAUCGGACAGAUGUCGAAUCUAGUUGAAUUAGACUUGUCCAACAAUCUCUUGAAAGGAGUGGUGACCGAACUUCACUUGGCUAAUCUCUCGAGCUUGACUUCUUUGGUCAUUUCCUCAAAUGAGUUGGCGAUCAAGAUUGACCCAAAAGUGGUUGCUCCAUUUCAACCUUAUUCCAUCGACAUGUCAGGCUGCAAAGUUGGGCCUCAAUUUCCCACAUGGCUUCGAGCACAGAGGAACGUUCGUGGGUUGGAUUUGUCUAAUGCAAACAUAUCAGAUAUCAUCCCCCAUUGGUUUUACGACAUCUCUUUUAACAUCGGGACCCUGGAUUUGUCUAGCAAUGAGUUGAGUGGAGAAAUUUCUUUGUGCAAUAUGAAGUCCUUACAAGGCUUGGACCUCUCAAAUAACAAACUGUCUGGGACAUUUCCCGAGUGUUGGAAAAGGUUACGUCAACUGCGAGCAAUAAACUUGGGGAACAACCAGUUUAGUGGCCUGGUUCCAACAUCCUUAUGCUCUAUAAAAGAGCUGUCCUUUCUGGGGCUACACGGCAAUGCCUUCAGUGGGAGUAUCCCCAAAUGCUUAAGCACUAUGACUGAUCUUGCUGUGCUUGAUCUGAGUGGAAAUAAAUUGGCCGGUCGAAUCCCUUCUUGGAUUGGUCGCAUGGUUCGGCUCAACGUGUUGAAUCUUGAGUUUAAUUCCUUCUAUGGGGAGAUUCCUAUGAGCAUAUGCAAACUCGAACACCUUCAUGUUUUAAACCUUGCGCACAACAACCUCUCUGGAAGCAUCCCCCUUUGCUUUGACAACUUCAUCGCCAUGUCCAGCCCAAUGCCCUUUAUUAUGAUAUACCAUUAUGGGUUUGGAGUUGAGGUCCAUCUAAAGAGCAUAACCAAAGUAUACACCGAGGCACUUCAGUAUCUUUUCUCCAUUGACCUUUCAAAUAACAGAUUAAAUGGAGAUAUUCCUACUGGGUUGACAUGCCUCCACAAUCUUCAAAAUCUAAACCUGUCACAGAAUGAUCUCUGGGGAGAAAUCCCUCGAGAUUUCUGAUUUGAAGAAGUUGGAGUCCUUUGAUUUGUCCAUCAACCAACUCUCAGGCCCAAUCCCACGGGGCUUAUCCGAAUUAAGCUUUCUGAGUUACUUGAACCUGUCGUUUAAUCAACUGUCCGGUCCCAUUCCCUCCGGUGCCCAGCUGAGUACAUUUACAAAUGAAUCAUAUCUCGGGAAUGGUGCACUCUGCGGGCCUCCACUUUCAAAGAAUUGCUCGGGAGAUCAUGGUCAAUCUGACGAUAUUAACAAACAGCAUGGUGAUGAUUCGGCAGGUAAAGACGAGUCCUAUGCCCGUUGGUUAUAUGCAAGCAUUGCAUCGGGCUUUGCCACGGGAUUCUUGGGAGUUUGUUGCUCAUUAUACUUCAAGCAUUCUUGGAGGCGGUCCUUCUUUCUUUGGUCGGACAAAAUUAUCACCCAAUUGCUUGUGAUGGUAGAGAUUAAGCUGCAAAAAGUUAUCCGAAAAUGCAAAAUGAACCCAAUCAGCCCUUCGGGCCAUGUUGCAGGUGACAACUGACAAGAUCCAACUAUGAGAAACACUUGCAACGAUAGCUAUUACAAAGGUACCUCCAGCACUAAAAUGAAGUCUAAAGUGAAGAGCCGGUUCAUCUAUGAAGACUCUGGCAAUUGCACUGUGGGCUAAUCAUCGUGAUUAAAUGUUUAGGAUCUUAUGUAUAAGUGAGCAAGUGAGGGCUUCUCUCGUGUUUCAUCAGCAAAAAAAGCUUUAUGUUCGUUGUAUUUCUGUUGAUCAGUUGUCACGUCGCUACAGUUGUCAUAUUUUAUAAUCAGCUAAGCCAAGAACUUUGUAUGAAAAGCAAUUCUGGUAACUCAAAACAAUAAAUGAGGAAUGACUACAGAA